AUGGCUUCGCGCCUCUCUGCCCUUCGUCGACCCGCGGUGGCCGCCGCGACCGUCGCCCUCGUGGGUGUUGGUGGCACGGCUAUUGCGCUGGGCACCUCGAAAAAGCACACCAUCAGCAUGCCCAUUGCCGACAUUAAGCGUGACGCCAACACCGGUCGCAUCAUCCCGCCCAAGUUCCCUGACCUCAAGACCCGCGAGCAGCAGCUCGCCGAUCUACGCCGCAGCGGCGACGCAAAUGAGGAGGAGUACGAUCUGGUCAUCAUUGGCGGUGGCGCGACUGGCACGGGCAUCGCGGUCGACGCCAUCACGCGAGGUCUCAAGGUCGCCCUGGUCGAGAGGGAUGAUUUCUCCUCCGGCACCAGCUCCAAGAGCACAAAGCUCGUCCACGGUGGCGUGCGCUACCUCGAGAAGGCGGUCACCACGCUCGACUACCCCCAGCUUGAGCUCGUCAUCGAGGCGCUCCGCGAGCGCAGGACCUUUUUGAACAUUGCGCCCCAUCUGUCCAGCUCGCUGCCCAUCCUGCUGCCGCUCCAGAAGUACUGGCACGUCCCGUACAUGUGGGCCGGUACCAAGACCUACGACCUCCUGGCUGGCUCCCAGGGCCUCGAGAGCUCCUACUACGUGAGCAAGUCCAAGGCCCUGGAACAGUUCCCCCUCCUCCGCAAGCAGAAUCUCAUCGGUGCCCUGGUAUACUACGACGGUCAGCACAACGACUCGCGCAUGAACGUGUCGCUGGCCGUCACGGCUGCUCUCUACGGUGCCACGGUCCUCAACCACGUCGAAGUCACUGAUCUCAACAAGGAUGCCCAGGGCAAGAUCCGCGGCGUCCAGGUCAAGGAUGUUCUGGGAGGCCAGGACACGCCCGCCUUCUCCGUCCGCGCCAAAGGCGUGAUCAAUGCCACUGGUCCCUUUGCCGACGCCGUCGAGCAGAUGGACGACAAGAAGCGCAAGCCCAUUGUCGCCCCUGCCUCUGGUGCCCACGUCAUGCUCCCUGGAAAACUGUGCCCCAAUGGAAUGGGUCUUCUCGAUGCCGCCACCUCUGACGGACGCGUCGUCUUUGUCUUGCCCUGGCAGGGCAAGACGCUGGCCGGUACCACGGACAACGCUUGCGAGGUCGAGCACGAGCCGAUCGCGCUGGAGAAGGACGUUGACUUUAUCCUCAAGGAGGUCAACAAGCUCUUUGUGCCCGACGCCGCCCUCACCAACGACGAUGUCCUGGCUAGCUGGUCCGGCAUCCGCCCCCUCGUCAAGGACCCCAACGCCAAGAACACCGAAUCUCUCGUCCGCUCGCAUCUCGUCACCGUCUCGCCUUCUGGUCUGCUAACCUGCGCUGGUGGCAAGUGGACCACGUACCGUCAAAUGGCCGAGGAUGCCGUGGACGAGGCCAUCAAGACCUUUAACCUGACCCCCAAGCCCGUCACCCUCCCCGACAUUUCGGGCGCCAUGCCCCCUCUCGAGACCACGGGCCAGUGCUGCACGCUGACGACGCCUCUGGUGGGCGCCCACGGUUUCUCGCCCGACCUGGCCUCGCAGAUUGCCGCGCACCACUCGAUCGAUCUCGACAUUGCCCAGCAUCUCGCCUCCAACUACGGUGACCGCGCCUGGGCCGUCCUCUCCACCCCGGGCGCCCCCACCCGCCUCCUCCCCGCCUUCCCGUUUGUGGAGGCGGAGAUUCGCCAUGGCGUCCACCACGAAUCGGCUUGCACCGCCGCCGACCUCAUCGCCCGCCGCACCCGCCUCGCCUUCCUCGACGUCGGCUCCGCCCUUCACGUCCUGCCUCGCGUCAUUGAUGUCAUGGGCGAGGAGCUGUCUUGGGACGAGGCGCGCAAGGAGCAUGAGUGGAAGGCGACCGUGCUCUUCUUCCGCUCCAUGGGCCUCCCCGAGGACCAGCUCAAUGUGACCCGUAACGAUGUCGUCAAGGGCAACGUGGCGCGCAAGAUUGAGCGCGGCGCGGAGAAGGCCGUGGCCACCGUGUCGGGCAGCAUCCCCAACUUUGAGGGCCAGACCCUGAGCGCCAAGACAAAGGCGUGA